CUCGUUCAUAGUUCAUACUGUUCAUAGCAUUAAACUUGUUGACCAAUUGUUUUGUUUUAAGAACUUUUAAAUUAUCGAGACAGCAUUAAGCAGCAAUCGUGUAUAAUUACAAUAUUUAACAUGAUUAAGUAAUAUUUCUAAUUCGAAGAAAUCGCGUUUAUCGGUUACUUUGACCUUAUCUUUUAAAGCCAACUAACCAUCGAUAACAUGGAGGCUAUGGAUGCUGGAGAUGCAGAAAAUUUGAGUAUAAAUUUUGGAGAUGAUGUUGGGGAUGAAUUGAAGUUGGAAGAUGUAGAGUACGAUACAAGAAGUGAAGUGACUUCAUCUUCAAGUGGAAGCGAGUCAUCCCAGCCCAGCAUCAGUUCAGUCAGCACCAGCUCAUCAUUGGACCACAAAAGAAGACACAAACGCAGUCAUUCAAGAGAGAAAAAAAGCCCUUCAGUUGAGCCAAAGCGUCCAAAGUCUCGAGAAAAGUCAUCUAAAUCUUAUGAUUAUUUUACCAAACUAAAUUAUCUGUUUCGGGAUGCUCGCUUCUUUGUUAUUAAAAGUAACAAUGCUGAAAAUGUGGCACUAUCAAAAGCAAAGGGAGUGUGGUCAACAUUGCCUCAAAAUGAAACCAAGUUGAAUACAGCUUUCAAAGAGUCUAGAAAUGUACUGCUCAUAUUUUCAGUCAAAGAGAGUGGUAAAUUUGCAGGGUUUGCAAGACUUUGCAGUGAGUCUAGGAGAGAUGUGGCUCCCAUAUCAUGGGUUCUUCCUCCUGGUUUGUCUGCUAAAGCACUUGGAGGUGUUUUCAAAGUUGAUUGGAUCUGUAGAAAAGAAUUGCCUUUCAACUCUACAAUGCACCUUUACAACCCUUGGAAUGAAGGGAAACCUGUCAAGAUUGGCCGAGAUGGGCAAGAGAUUGAACCGAGAGUAGCAGAAGAGUUGUGUAGACUGUUUCCUGAAGAUGAAGGCAUAGAACUCACUCCUAUUCUACGCAAGUCCAAAGAAGCAGCGAAGAAUGUUCGUCCACGUAGUUCAAGGUACAGACGUGAAGGUUACGGUAGAUCGAGUCCACGUUUCUCCUCUAGAUCCGCACCUUACCCCAGCUGGAGAGGGAGGGGUAACUCUUUCAGUAGAGGUCCUCGAGGGAAAUUCUUUUCUAGUGGUAGAAGCCGUGUGAGUAGCAGCGGAGCUGUCUAUAAAGGUUCAUCACCUCGCCAUCGUGAUAGAUUAUCAUUGUGGUUUAGUGGUUCAAGAGAUGAAAGAGGAAGAUCAUAUGGAGGAGUAGCUGCUGCAGCUGAGGCGUAUGUGGCUGAUUAUAUGAGAAGUCUUCAUCAACUGCACCCGAUGACUUAUGCUGCUCCACCCGGAGUAUUCUCGUCAUCGUCAUCGUAUGACGGUAUACCUCCUCCCCCUCGCUACUAUGAUGGGCUCCCUCUGCCUCCUGAGUAUCCAGCCUCUUCAAGAAGCAACGGAUAUUCUGACAAACGCUCUUACGACCGCUCCGUCGAUGAGUUCCUUUGGCGAACCAGUGAACGUCCAAGAGAUCGAGACAGAGAUAGUCACCGCUACCGUGAUCGUCGAUAAAGAAGACUGUUUUUUAUUACUUGCUUCUAGAUGCACCAUAAGCUGUUAUUUUACCAUUGAAUUUGAAAUCUGUGUUUUAACUCCAUUCCAUAGAUAUAAUUUUUAAAUCCGAUUGGUGCAGUAUUAUUGGCUUUGAACAGAUUUUUUAGCGUAGUAUUCUAGUUGAGCAGUGAAGCUACAUAUUUUGUAUAUUACAAUUUGCAAGGAACUAAUUGGUUUUCUUUUUAUGUUCUUAGUGAAAAUAUAUGUUGAUUUACAAUA